CUCUUCUCCCUCUGCUUCUCUCUGUCUCACCCUGUCAAGGGAAACAUGGCUGCUGGGGGCGGCAGGAUCUGUGCAAACACAGCCCCAGUGGUAACCGGGGAGAGAGGAGAAGAGGGGCUGGGAGCACUGGUCUUACCUUGUGUGGGGCCCUGGGUUCGAGCCAGGCAUCAUGCCGAGCACUGAGUGAUGGAGCAGCAUGUGCUGUCCGGACAGUGCAUGAGGGGGUCCUGUGCUCACUCCCCUGCUGCACAGAGAUUCAGCUGGAUAGGGGGUGUGGGCAGCCCCCCCACCCCGAAGGCAAACUUCUGAUGUGUGACAUCACUGACUCCAGGAAGAAGCCAGGACACACCACCACCACAUUUCCCAAGCUGCCAAAGAAGAUUCUAGAGUCAGACUCCUGGCACGUUUGGGCCACAGGGAGUCACCUGGGGGCCGGGGGGAGGGGAGACUCAGUCACACCUUGGUGACACAGUCCAGCACCCCAGGGCAUGAGUCCCCAAAGGGCCUGAGGAGUGACGGAGCAGGGAGGGGACACGAGCAGCCUGGGUCCUGGGAGGACACCUGUCCCCUCGAGGGGCCGUGACACACUGCCCCCCCCCCAGCAGGGCACGGGGCGGCCCAGCCCCCCACUCCGGUGGCGGCCACCGCCUCCCAGCUGCCAGGUCUCAGUAACUGGAGCCGCAAGUCUCUUGAAACCCAAAGCUGCCGCACAGACGCGGGAUGGAGGCGCAGCGGGCGCUGCUGGCGGCCGAGCGCGGGGACCUGGGCGCCCUGGAGCGGCUGCGGGAGGCAGGCUCGCUGGGCCCAGGCAUCGCCGACACCCUGGGGGCCGGCCUGGUGCACCACGCCGCCCGCGCCGGCCAGCUGGCCUGUGUCCAGUUCCUGGUGCGGCGGGCAGGGCUGCCAGGCGGCCAGCGGGCCCUCAACGGGGCCACCCCUGCGCACGAUGCCGCGGCCACCGGAGGCCUGGCCGAGCUCAGCUGGCUGGUGCGCGAGGGGGGAUGCGGCCUGCAGGACCAGGAUGCCUCUGGCGUGUCCCCCCUGCACCUGGCCGCCCGCUUUGGCCACCCGCUGCUGGUGGCCUGGCUGCUCGGGGAAGGGCAUGCGGCCACUCUGGAGACUCACGAGGGUGCCCUGCCCCUGCACAUGGCCGCCCUGGGCGGGGACCUCACCUGCCUCAAGCUGCUGGUGGCCGCGCAUGCCAGCGGCGUGAACCGGCGUACCCACAGCGGUGCCUCCCCGCUCUACCUGGCCUGCCAGGAGGGCCGCCUGCACCUGGCGCAGUUCCUGGUCAAGGACGCGGGGGCUGACGUCCACCUGCGUGCGCUGGAUGGCAUGACCCCCCUGCACGCGGCCGCCGCCCGCGGCCACUACCCGCUCGUCGUCUGGCUGGUAACCUUCACCGACAUGGGGCUGGCAGCGAGGGACAAUGAGGGGGCCACUGCCCUCCACUUCGCAGCCCGGGGGGGCCACACCCCCAUCGUGGACCGGCUCCUGCUGAUGGGCGCCCCCGUCACGAGGGACUCCUGGGGGGGCAGCCCCCUUCACGACGCGGCGGAGAACGGGCACCUGGAGUGCUGCCAGACGCUGGUCUCCCACCGCGUGGACCCUGCCCUGCAGGAUGACGACGGCUACACGGCGGCCGACCUGGCCGAGUACCAUGGCCACCAGCACUGCGCCCGCUACCUGAGGGACGCCGCCCUGCCGGUGCCUCUCGUCAUGACGCCCCCGCCGCCUCCGUUCCCCCCUCCCCCGCUGUCGGCCGCCAGGUGCCCCGUGGAGGAUGGAGAGAAAGGAGGCUCGGGUCGGGGGAGCCCCGGCGCAGCGUCGCCCAGCCCCACCUGGCCUGCCCAGCCUGUGCAGCCUCUCCUGGGGGAGCAGACGGCCCAAGAAGCCCCCCCGAGUGUCCCCGCCAACGCCACGGCUGUCCCCGCGGUGCGUCCCCCACCCCCGGGCCCGGAGCCCAUCAGCCUCUCGCCGUGUGGGACUGAGGCGGUGACCACGGGGGGCGGCCUGGCCGCGCUGCAGCUGGACGCGCUGCCCCCGGGCGACCUGGACGGGCUGGUGCCCACGCGGGACGAGCAGGGCCGGCCCAUCCCCGAGUGGAAGCGGCAGGUGAUGGUGCGCCAGCUGCAGGUGGGCCUGAGCGCCGAGCUGCAGGUGAGGCGGGGCGGGGACUGCCGGCCCCCGGCGGAGCAGGCCUGGCACUACUCACAGGCACACCAGGCCAUGCUGGGCCCAUUCGGGGAGCUGCUGACAGAGGACGACCUCCUGGGCCUGGAGAGGCAGAUGGCAGGGCUGCAGCUGCGCCAGAGAUGCCAGGAGUACCACAGCGAGCUGGGCCGGCUGGCGGCCGAGCUCCAGGCCCUGCUGCCCGCACCGCUGGUGCGGAUCACGGUCAACGGCCCCUUCCUCCCCCCGGCGCCCGAGGAGGAGCCCCGGUCUCCCUGUGGCCAGGGGCCUGAGGGGGCCCCGCCGGGCGGCCAGCCGCUGCCCUUCUGGUGUGGCCACAUCUCACGGCUGGUGAGGAACAUGUCUCUGCUGCUCAGGGGCAUGAACGGGCUGGUGCAGGCUGAGGACGGGGCCCCCGGGGAGCCCCCCGAGCCCCCCCAGACGCCCUGCGGCCGCCCCUGCAGUGCGGCCCAGCGCGAGAUCCAGGAGUGCGGGGUGUCGGUGAGGACCCUGCGCGGCAACUUCGAGUCGGCGCUCGGCCCGCCCCGCGCCCCGAACCCCGGGCCCUGCGGGUCGGGCGCCCCGUGGGAGCAGCGCCCGGCCGGGUGCCCACCGGGGGGGCCGGAGUCGGCGUGCAGCGGGCCGGAUGGCGCGGAGGGGGCCGGCGGGGACCGGGGCCGGGGCUGCGAGGGGGCGCCGGGGGGCGCGGGGCCGUGCAGCCUGAGGCGCAAGGAGCGCGCGGUGAUGCUCUUCUUGGGCCACUGGCGGAGGUCGGCCUACACGCCGGCUCUCGGGACAGCGGCGGGCACGGCGCCGGAGGCCCGGCCAAGGUGGCGGCAGGGGGCGGCGGCCGGGGACCCCGGGCCGACCCUCGGGGCCCCCGGGCUGUGGCGUCAGCACGGCGCCUUGGCGCAGCUGCUGGGCCACUGGAAGGCGGUGCUGGCGAGGCUGCCGGCACGGAGGCUGCGGAGGCCGAGCCGGAGGCCCCCCGGCCUGCUGUCCCCCGAGCAGUUCCUGCCCCCCGUGUCGGGGGUGCCCCCCGCCUACGCCAGCCUCCCGCUGGGGCUCUUCAUGCUCGGCUACUUCCAGCUGCUGGACUGCGAGCUGCCGGCCGACGAGCGCCGGGCGCGCCACCUGCUCUGCUUCGAGGUGUUCGAGCACCUGGGCGCGCACGGCUGGGAGGCGGCCCGCGCCUUCCACAAGGCCGUCACGGACGAGGUGGCCGCCGGGCGCCGCGCCUGGACCGACGGCUUCGAGGACAUCAAGGCCCGCUUCUUCAGCCAGGCCUGGGACGCCGAGUCAGGGCUCACUCCGCCGGGGUCCCCGCCCCACGUGGCGGCCGCCGUGCCCGGAGGGGGUCCCGAGCCCGGGGGGGCGCGGCCCGGCCCCCGGAGGGGCAGCUUCAGCAGCGAGGACGUCUGUGGCUACAUCGACCGCAGCUUCACCUUCUGGAAGGAGAAGGAGGCCGAGAUGUUCAGCUGUGGGGACUGAGGGCCGGGUGCCGGCCUCGGCGCGUGUGGAGGCCUCUUCCUCCUCUUGUCGUCUUCUCUGCUUUCUCUUCCUGGCCGCAGGGCUCUCGGCACACGUGGCCCCCAAUAACUUUUCUGAUUCCUCUAGGGUUGUGGGGGCUCGGUGCCCGCACUGUAGAUCCGCUGCUCCCAACAGCCAUUUUUCCAGCUUUCUACCUUAUUUUCCCAUUUUUAUUAGAUAGGACAGAGAGAGAUUAAGAGGGGCAGGAGAGAUGGGGGGGGAGAGACACCUGCAGCCCUGCUCCACCGUUCGUGAAGCUCUCCCCUCCCCCCCGCAGGUGGGGAGCAGGGACUCGAAUUCUGGUCCUUGUGCGCUCAGCCCAGGGCAACCAGGGUCCGUGCCCAGGCUUUCCCCGUUUGAAACUGUUGAGGUAGAGAGAGGGAACGAGGCCACCGCACCCGCGAGUUGUCCAGGGUGCCUGAACCUGGAUCUGUUACUGUUAUUUACUUUAGCUGAGCUCUAGCUUACGGUGGUGUGGGAGGAUUGAACCUGAGACCCCCUGAGCCUCAG